CUGGCUGCACUUCCAGGACGUGUCACACGGAGUUUACCGAAUGAAGUGCCGCACAGCUUAGUCUACUUGUAUAUCAGAACACUCCUGUCUUUGCUGUUGCCCGCUGCUACAGUUUGAAAAUGCUGGCAGGACUUAACAAACACACUUUGCAUACUUAACAGGCUUGGGAACAGCUUAAGGACUACCUGCAGACAAGGGGACCGAGGAGGAAGUCAUGGCAGCCACGGAGCCACAGACCAGCUGUAUACAUAACGCAGUACGAACGGUCCAACGAACGGACAUGCUGAGAGACUUUGCCUCCACCAUCGGCCGAGUGGACGCUGCCUUGCGAACUCUCAAGGUGGAACUCAUGGAGAUGCGAGAACAGGACCUGCGCCUAUUGAAGCAGCUCAUCGAUAUCGGAGAGACUAUUCAGCGCUUGACCCGGUCAAGGAGGAUGGAGGAAAGCUCCCACCCAGCAGUGUUCCCCCUCGUGCAUCCCGACGUGGACUUGAAGCAGCUGACAGAGUCGUUGUGCACUCUAACGCCCAAAAGACGAUUUGCCGACCUGCUGGGCGACAGGCCCGACACCUCCGUGCCCCUCCUGCGCCGACAAAGCGAGCCCCACCUGUGCCGACUCGACCACUUAGACGUGCUGACGUCAAGCUCUCGACAAGGCUCCUCUUCUAGCAUCGGAAGCUGUUCUGUUGAUGUGUUGGGGUCAUCUGACGACGCCCUCAAUACCGACACGUCAGAAAACGAGCUCGACUUCUCUCGCAGCUCCAUCACAACCAUCCCUGACCUGACCUGCAGCCAGCCGACCCCGCCACCCGAGGACACGUACCCUGACACAGGUGCACUAUUCCAGCGUCCAAAGUCGCACUCUGUGAUGGCGUUGACCUACCUGAGGCCGGCCUUUGUCGGCAGCCACAGCGCCUACUCCGACAUCCUCAACAGGAACGUCCGCCUGUGGAAGGGGCGCCUGGCGCAGACUCGCGAAUGUCAUCCAGAAGUCGCAUCCUCCCUGGAGGAGGAAUCAUAGAAGAAAAAAAUCCUUCAGGAUCGCAAUCUGUCCUCGAUUAACAAUGAAGCAUGGUGACAAAGUGGUUAAUCAUGUAUGUCACUAGGUGGAGAUGCUAAAUGUAAUUCUUGCAGUGAUUGACAAAUUAAAACCUUUGAAGGGCAUACAAAUACAGUAACAACAAAAAUAGAAAUACUGUGAAUCUUUAUCUGUUGACUGUACUUUGGCUUUACAUUUUUUUUUUAUUUUAAUGAAAAUGUCACGCAAUAGACAUAGGUCAUAGGGGUGGAAUAUUGAAAAUUAAUAACCUUGGAAUUUCAAAACUA